AUUAAUGAUAUUGUUAAGACAGGGUGGUUGCCAGCAAGACAGCGAAGAGAUUUUCACGUUCUCAAACUUGUUCAUCAGGCUUUGCACUCCCUCAGCUGGCCGUCUUACGUACCACUAGAUACAAUUAAACAUCUGCGAUCUUUGCGGUCAAGAGCAGCAACAAGAUUAAUUAUACCAAUGGAGAGGGGCACCUUUCAAGACUCUGCUGCCAAGUUGUUUAAUGCCCUCCUGGCAAAUAUUAGAAACUAUAGAGAUUUCAAAGUUUACUGCAGGGAGGUCAAUGCCUAUCUAUUAAUUAAAUAAAAUUUGUAAAUAGUUUGUAAAUUGCAUAUAGGGUUGCAUUAGUAUUACCAAUCUCUGUUACAUUUUAUACAAUAUCCUUUUAUAGUUCGAUAUUAUUGCUUUUUAUAUUGUAGAUUUCAUACUUUUUUUAUUGCAGUUUUUCAUUUUUAUAUUAUAGUGCUUAACAGGUGGAAAGCCACUAGGUGGAUACACUGUUAAUAGA